AAAAAAAAGGUUCUCCAGCUAUGGUGAGGAUGAUGACUUGUGACUUCAGAUUUCUUCUGAUUCCGGCAGCUUUCAUGUUCAUCUACAUCCAGAUGAGGCUUUUCCAAACGCAAUCGCAGUAUGCAGAUCGCCUUGGUUCCGCUAUCGAAUCAGAGAACCACUGCACUAGUCAAAUGCGAGGGCUCAUUGAUGAUGUUAGCAUCAAACAGUCACGCAUUGUUGCUCUCGAAGACAUGAAGAACCGCCAGGACCAAGAACUUGUGCAGCUUAAGGAUCUUAUCCAGACUUUUCAAAGAAGAGGAAUUGCAAAACUCACUGACGGUGGAGGACAGCAGAUCCCUGUGGCUGCUGUAGUGAUUAUGGCUUGCAGUCGGGCAGACUAUCUUGAAAGGACAGUUAAAUCUGUUUUCAAAUAUCAAAUUCCCAUCGCUUCAAAGUAUCCUCUUUUUAUAUCUCAGGAUGGAUCUGAUCAAGCCGUCAAGAGCAAGGCGUUGAGCUAUAAUCAACUAACAUAUAUGCAGCACUUGGAUUUUGAACCAGUGAUCACUGAAAGGCCUGGUGAACUGAUUGCUUACUACAAGAUUGCACGUCACUACAAGUGGGCAUUGGACCAGUUGUUUUACAAACACAAAUUUAGCCGAGUGAUUAUACUAGAAGAUGAUAUGGAAAUUGCUCCAGACUUCUUUGAUUACUUUGAGGCUGCAGCUAGUCUCAUGGAUAGGGAUAAAACCAUUAUGGCUGCUUCAUCAUGGAAUGAUAAUGGGCAGAAGCAAUUUGUGCAUGAUCCCUAUGCACUUUACCGAUCAGAUUUUUUUCCUGGCCUUGGGUGGAUGCUGAAGAGAUCGACUUGGGAUGAGUUAUCACCUAAGUGGCCAAAGGCUUACUGGGAUGAUUGGCUGAGAUUGAAGGAAAACCAUAAAGGCCGCCAAUUUAUUCGACCAGAAGUCUGCAGAACAUACAACUUUGGUGAACAUGGGUCUAGUUUGGGACAGUUUUUCAGUCAGUAUCUGCAACCUAUAAAGCUAAAUGAUGUGAAGGUUGACUGGAAAGCGAAGGACCUGGGAUACCUAACAGAGGGAAACUAUACCAAGUACUUUUCUGGCUUGGUGAGACAAGCACGACCAAUUCAAGGUUCUGACCUUGUCUUAAAGGCUCAAAACAUAGAGGCUGAUAUUCGUAUCCGGUAUAGAGACCAACCAGAGUUUGAACGCAUUGCAGGGGAGUUUGGUAUAUUUGAAGAAUGGAAGGAUGGUGUGCCUCGAACAGCAUAUAAAGGAGUAGUGGUGUUUCGAAUCCAGACUACAAGACGGGUAUUCCUGGUUGGCCCAGAUUCUGUAAAGCAGCUUGGAAUUCGAGACUCCUGAUGCAAAACAUGUACUUCUCCAACCAGCAUCAUUUACAUCCUCACCGUUGCUUACAGUUCUCUGCUAACCAGGUUUCAAACGCAGAUGAAAGUAAAAGAAGAUUUUCGACCGCAGGCAACCUCCUUCUAGCAGCGUUUGCACUUUUGGUUGUAUUAUCUAUGGAUGAGUUUGUAGAGAGGGGGGUUAAGUUUAAUAGCUAAGAAGCUCCGGUGGUCUGUCUCACUGGUUUAGAAGUUAUGGGAACCUCUUUAAAGGGUCAGGCUUAAAUACAUUUUCAGUAGUUUUAUAACUGAUUGUCUUGUGGGUAUCUUACACGAAUGCAUAUCAUUGUAUCAAGUUUUUCGUC